AUGCUCCCCACGAUGACUCUAAGGAUGAUGAUUCCUUUAAUGACCCGCUUGGUGUUCGCAAAAGUUGACUUGGAAAAGUCGAUCCAGGCGAUUCUCGCAUGCGGCGACAUCUUAGGCCUUGAGACCAAUGGCCAUGUUCCCAAAAUUUGCUACGAGACUCUUUUUGGAUUCACUCCAGAUGCGGACUCUGGAAUUCGACGAGCAAGACGCAGUCAUGUUUUGCUUUUUCCAUCAUCCAAAAAACAGAUGUGUAGCGCUGAAUGCAAACGCUAUGAGCGUUUCUUGAGAAUCGAUGUGAUUGAGAAGUAUACGAGCUACUCUUUAUCAAACUGGCUCACCAAUGAUGUCAAAAAAGCUGAAAAAAUCAUUGACAUCGGAACAUGCGCCGGAACAUGUCAAUCAACAUUUCAUCAUCGACAAGUCCACAAUCAGAUAGGGUUGGUUCAGCACAGCUGCUUUGCCGUUACAGACCCCACGAAGUAUUUGCGAUUCAUUGCAGACUCCAACAGCGACGAGCACAAGUUCCUCGACCAUCUUAUUGUUAAAGACUGCAUCUGCGGAAGGCCAUCUCAAAUCAAGUGUGGCAAUUUUUAG